AUGGUCGCCGAUGUGAUCAGCGGAGCCCCUCCCGAGCUGCGCCACCGCUCUGUGCGGAUAUACCAGCCCACUCGCAACACGAUGCAGAGCGGGCCCGACAAGGGAAACCGCUGGCGCAUCGACUUUGACAUCCUCCAGGGUGCUGGGCGCUGGGAGAACCCUCUCAUGGGCUACGCUUCCUCCGCCGACUACGUUCAGGGUGUCCGUAUGUCCUUCCGCACCAAGGAGGACGCUGUCCACUUUGCGGAGAAGCAGGGUUGGGACUACUAUGUCCAGCCUCCUAUGGUCAAGCGCAUCCCGCCCAAGAACUAUGCGGAGAACUUCCUGUACCGUCCGACCACGCUCAGGUGGCAGCAGACGAAGUAG